AUGCCUGUGCUGGAGGGUCGAUGGGAACCAAUAUAUGAAAGGUUCCGCAAGCAACACCCACCAAAUUUUGAAGGGGGCUCAGAUCCAAUGGAAGCUGAGGAAUGGUUAAGAACAGUGGAAGGUAUUGUUGAGUACAUGCGGCUCAGAAACGGAGAUAGUGUAGCUUGUGCUGCUAGUUUAUUGAAAAAGGAUACCCGCAUCUGGUGGGAUGUUAUUAAACAAACACGGGAUGUGGCCGCAAUGACCUGGGUUGACUUUGUACAAGUUUUUAACAGAAAAUACUACAGUGAAGCAAUACGCUCAGCUAGAGUUAAUGAGUUCACGAACCUGAGGCAGGGUAAGUCUACAGUUACAGAGUAUGCUCGCCAAUUUGACAGAUUAGCAAAGUUUGCCAUAGAUCUGGUUCCUACUGAGUUUCUGAGGAUUCAUCGUUUUACUGAAGGGCUCGACUCCCGAAUAAGUCAGGACAUAGCGAUGUCAGGAGUAAGGGCAACCACGUAUGCUGAGGUACUGGAAAAAGCCCUAGAAGCUGAGUUGUGUGAAAGUCGUAUACAGAAAGACAAUACAGCUAGGUGGGAGGCCAGAAAGGCCAGUAAUGGAGGCGGUGAUAACAAAAGGAAACUGCCAAGUAACCAACACAACGAAGCCAACAAGAGAAACAAGAUAGGGUCCAAUAACUACAAAGGGAAGAACUACCGUAUGUAA